GACUGUCAUCAUUCUCUACGCGUUGCACGCUUGCAUUUACUAAUCUCCGCGGAGUGUGUAAGUGUUGACAAACAGUUUAAAGGAAAGACGGAAAAGCAACGUAUCGUAUAAUAUUUAUUUGCACGACGAACAAUACCGUGUCUUCCUGAAUGCACGGCACAUCGAAUCAUUUAGGAAGAAUCGCGAGUUUCUUUCAUACAGUGUCGGGCUAUGGAGAAUGAACAGCGGCAUUAUGAAUUAAGAAGCGGUAGCAGAUCACGCUCUCAGACUCCUUUGGUCCUCAGUCGUGCCUUGAUAGAACCGGAAACUCUAGAACACCAUUAUGAUUUACGAAAUCGGAGUAGGGAAAGGUCUCAUACACCCGCAGAAUCCACAAGUAGCAGACGGUCCGGUUCUAGAUCCUUGCCUAGUAGUAGCAGUAAAACGUACGAACAUACUAUAGAUACGAUAAUAGAAAAGGAUGAGGAAGCCGACAGAACAAGGUCUUACGUAGAGAGUCAAAGUAAGCGGCCUGAGAAUCCUACGAGAAAGAUGGAGCGCAGGUCCGAACGACAGAAAGUGAAAAGGGAUAUAUUCUCGAACGGACAAAACGAGAAGGAUAAUUCUUUUAAUCGAAAAAUUGAGACGCGGUACAAAAGUAACUCUCCCCGUAGAAUGGUAACUAGCGAUUAUUCUUCGGAGGAAGAGAAACGAGAAGACGUGCCUAAAAGACCGACUACCGCGCAUGAAAUUUACAAACAAGCCGGCGAUUGGUGGAACGUAUUCCCAAAGACGGACUACACUUAUUCGGAAAAGUCUCACUGUCGUUACGAAAUAGCACCUGGUGUAUUAGCAAUGCCCAAUAUGUCACGGCGCUCUAUACAUUCGGAUUCGGACACUUCCAAUCGGUUAUCGCAGGAACUAUCGGAAAGCGGUAUUUACGUAUCGACGAAUAACGAAGAGGACAAAGAAACAAACACACAGAGUCGUAAAACGGAAGUAAUGGACGAAAGUUGCGUAUUGCCGUCAGAGCUACACGCUUCUAAUGUUAAUACGCGAUCUCGGCAACAAUACACAAAAAAGCACGUCGAACAGUAUCAUUCGCAUAGAGAAGUAGUUUACACAGUUCCUAGGAGUUCAACGAAUUCGGAACCAAGACAAUUAAUGCAUUCUGCUACGCCAUUGAAACAUACAGACUCUCGAAAGUACGGUGUCACGACUUCCAUCGACUCUGACACAGAAUUGGAAGAUGCGGUAUCGAUAUCGAGCAAGUACAACGAGGGGAGAAAAAUAACGCAAUAUUUCCUAAGUUUCGUAGCUACUAUUGUCUACGGGUUCAACAAAGUACUUGAAUUUCUAAAGCUAAAGACGGUUAGGAGAAGAGAAUAUCGCGCUACUUACGAAUAUCAGAGAUACGAACCGGCAAAGUAUAAAAUCUGGUGGCAACGCGUUGAUCGUUGCUUGCAGUAUGUUUACCUGUUUAUGGUAAAAGUGUUCUGCUUCGAUUCGUGGCUGUUGAGCCGGUUUUCCAGUGUCAGAAGAUGGACGCAACAGAGGAGCCCACUGAUCCUUUGGAUCGCUCUAUUGCCAUUGCUUCUCUUGACCGGUUCUUGGUGCCUACCGUAUCUAUCGACAUCGUUUCUACCGACCAAAAUCAUAACGCGACAAAUCGAGAAAGCCUCGGAUCUGUUUGCAGCGGAUAAACUGCAAUCGUUCGGAGAGGAAUAUCUCGAAAAGGAGGGCGACUUUACGCCGAUCGCGGAGAGAUUAAACAGCAGAACCAACAGUUUAGAGCAUCGAACAAUUGACCAAACUAAUCGUCUUUUAAAUAUUAGUAGAAUGCUCGAGAAAUUGAAGGAAAACGACUUCGUUUGGUCGGAGUACAACAACAAGAUGGUGCUACUCGAAAAGAAUUUAGAAGGUCGUGCGUUCGGCGACGCGCAUGCGCACGAAAUCGAAGCCAUUAAAUUGCAAUUGAAAACGUUGAAGGAACUUUAUUCGGAGUUAAAAUCGUGCUGCAACACCCACGUAAGCGUGAUCAGUAACGAUGACUUGGAGAAACGCAUCGAAACGAUCGUAGCCGGACAUUUCGAUGGCACGACAUCGAAAAAACAUACGAUCAAUGUCAUCAAAAAUUCCAUGGUCGCGGGCGACGUGAAAGAUCCGAAAACGCUUCAAGACGAAUCGUGGGAAGGUAACGACAAUGUGGCAAUCGAGCGUAUGCAAGAAAUAGUUAGGAAUGCCUUAAGGAUAUACGACGCGGACAAAACAGGACGCGUCGACUACGCUUUAGAGACGGCUGGUGGUCAGAUUAUCAGUACACGUUGUACACAGAAAUACGAUAUAAAAACGCGAGCUUUCAAAGUGCUGGCAUUCACGCUGUACCACGAGAACAACAAUCCUCGAACGGUGAUACAAGGAAAUCCAAUACAACCGGGCGCUUGUUGGGCGUUUCAAGGAUUUCCAGGUUAUCUGUUGAUCAAAUUACGCAGUUUCAUACACGUUACCGGAUUCACGGUCGAGCAUGCGCCAAAAUCAAUUUUACCCAAUGGAGAGAUGAGGAGUGCCCCGAGAAAGUUCAAUGUCUGGGGUUUCGUUGACGAGAACGACGCCGAGCCUGUGAUGUUCGGUGAUUACGAAUUCGCAGCCACGGACGACAGUUUGCAAUAUUUCCCCGUUCAAAACACGACGAUCGAGAAGCCUUACGAAUACGUCGAGUUAAGGGUUCACAGCAAUCACGGACAGCUCGAGUAUACAUGUUUGUACAGAUUUCGCGUGCAUGGGAAACAGGUGUAAAUUUUACAGUGAAGAUAUAUAAAAACGUACGUUUCUGUGUCGUUGCGAUGUAUGGUGUAAAAACAGGAAUGCAGUUUUGGGCGUCAGUUACCGUUGGUAGACGAUAGAACGUGUUCAGCAUUCGAGGAUUGGGCCCCGGGUUUACGUGACUCCGAUCUUCGUCGUUUUGUUCGUGCGCGUGUUGUGCUCUCUUUUUUCUAAUCGUAACGUUUAAGCACAAAGGUAACAACCUGCCACGACGAAAUGACGUUUUCGUGGAGAGGUUUUUACGCGGCUACUUAAAAAUCUGUGUCAUCGUACUCUUUCGUUUUGCGACGAGACGAAAAGGAACGAACCAAAACCGUAAUACCCGAGAAAAGAAUACUCGUCGGCGUUCCAAAUAUUAUCCAAAGUUAAGUAUUUCAUUAAAGUUGUAAAGUUUAUGGCGACAGUACAAAUUGUAAAACGGAAAAACAAUUUUUUAGCUUAAGGAUUGCAUAUACGGAGUGUUUCUACCAUCACUUUGAUCAUGAUAUCGUGUUUUUCUUUCUUUUUUUUAGAAGUUUAACUUAACACCGUAGGCUCGUAAUAUAUUUCGCUUGUACACGUAUGUACAUAUGUACACGUGUGGGUACAUGUGUACAUAUACAUAUACGUUAAACAUGUAUAAAGUACCAAGAAACAUUAUUUUCUAGAUGUACAUUUUUUUUUGCAUUCGAUCCUCAAGCCCAACCGAUCGCAGUCUCUAAUUGCGUGAACGUUUCGUAGCGUCGUUACUUUUUCGUUUCCCUUUCUCCCUUCCUUCCCUGUUUCUUUCAGCAGAAUAUUUACACGGUCGUUGCGUAGGUCUUACCUUGCUUGUUUUUUUUUUUCAUAAUAUUAUUUAUGAAUAUAAAAGAUAAUGUAGUGGCGUAGAUAAUAACGAACUCGACUGGAAAUAUUACACCGCGUCGAGUUCAGUCGACUUAUUACGGUGACAACCGAUCUGCGUUAUCGAGAUCGAUAGGACGGACAUAUCGAUAUCUUGACAAGUUUAUACAAGUCGUGAAAGAGACAAGUGAAUUUUGUUGCGAUAAAGACAUAAAGUGUGAUGUGCGACAGUGAUACGUGAAUAUACACAAACUUACUGCAUUCGAGGUAAGAAAUUCCUAUAACGAGCACGAACUUAUCAGUGAAAACGAUAUUGCACGUAAUACAACGUCAGCUCGCGAAAGCAAACUAACGGAUUAACAAGUGGACGGUUUAAAUGUUUGUAAUACGUUCAUUUUCUAUUAAUUUUUCGUAGCUCUUGUUAAGGUCAAAAAUCGGAUAUUGUCCGUUGCGUGAAACGAAACGGUUAUACAUACAAGUAACGUGUGCCUUUAGUUUAUUUUUGUAUUAAUAGUAUCCGCACUCUGUACCGGAUAUCGUUCGUAUUUCGGAGCACGUUGUUCCGUGAAACAAUACUGUAACUGAAGUUGAGCGUUGAAGUAGCUCGAUUCUUAUCGGAUUUUUCCUCGGCAUUUGCAUACGCAAACCAGUCGAGAUAUUUCUCGUAAAAAUUAAGUGACACGCACAGCGCCAUCUAGAAUUCAUUUAGUUAAACCUGUAUUUUUCUGAAGUGAUUUUUAAAUUAAAGAGUGUGUAAUUUUCGAAAGGUGAUAUUCUCGAUGUACGACUCGGUGUCUCUCGAAUUACAAUUCUUUUCGGCCCUUUCCCUUCUUCGUUAGCCAUAAACUGUAGCACAAAAUGUGAACGUUGACCUUCGCACGAUAUGCAAAAAUCGCGGGAAAAAAAGUACGAUAUAUCCCCUUUCACGGACCCUGGUGUGCACAGUGCAAGAAAUAGCGUAAAAUCUCAAUAAAGAAAAGCUUUGUUAUGGACCCUAUUCGUCGAAGUAAAGCGUGAGAUCGUCUCGAUACCAGAGAUCACCAUUUUAUUCGAGUAACAG